AAACUACUUUGCAAGUCACUUCUUUAUGGGAGGCGAGAAGUUUGACACCCCUCACCCUGAGGGCUACCUCUUUGGGGAGAAUAUGGAUCUAAACUUCCUUGGGAAUAGACCUGUUCAGUUUCCUUAUGUAACUCCAGCUCCCCAUGAACCUGUGAAGACACUGAGGAGUUUAGUGAAUAUCCGCAAAGACUCUCUCCGCCUUGUGAGGUAUAAAGAUGAUGUUGACAGCCCUACUGAGGAGAACGGGAAGCAGAAGGUCCUGUACAGCCUGGAGUUCACAUUUGAUGCAGAUGCCCGUGUUGCCAUCACAAUCUACUGCCAAGCCACGGAGGAGUUUGUUGGUGGCAUGGCAGUAUACAGCACAAAGAAUCCCUCUCUGCAGUCGGAGACGGUUCAUUACAAGAGAGGAGUAAGCCAGCAAUUCUCCCUGCCUUCCUUCAAGAUUGAUUUCUCAGACUGGAAGGACGAUGAGCUGAACUUCGACCUGGACCGCGGCGUGUUCCCGGUGGUGAUCCGCGCCGUGGUGGACGAAGGGGAUGUGGUGGUUGAGGUGACAGGUCAUGCUCAUGUUCUUCUGGCUGCAUUUGAAAAGCAUGUUGAUGGCAGUUUCUCUGUGAAGCCUUUAAAGCAGAAGCAAAUUGUUGACCGGGUGAGCUAUCUGCUUCAGGAGAUCUAUGGCAUCGAGAACAAAAACAAUCAAGAGACCAAGCCUUCGGACGAUGAGAACAGUGACAACAGCAACGAGUGCGUGGUUUGCCUCUCGGACCUCCGCGACACCCUCAUCCUGCCCUGCAGGCACCUCUGUCUGUGCAACUCGUGUGCCGACACACUGCGCUACCAGGCCAACAACUGCCCCAUCUGCAGGCUGCCCUUCCGGGCCCUGCUGCAGAUCCGAGCUGUGAGGAAAAAGCCGGGGGCUCUGUCGCCGGUGUCGUUCAGCCCUGUCUUGGCACAGACUGUCGACCACGAUGAGCACUCUAGCUCUGACAACAUCCCUCCGGGAUACGAGCCCAUUUCCCUGCUGGAAGCUCUGAACGGCCUUCGCUCGGUCUCCCCCUCCAUGCCGUCAGCCCCUCUGUACGACGAGAUCAGCUACUCCGGCGUGGUGGACGGGAUGCCCCCUGCGAGCCGGCCGCUCGUCGGCAUGGACAGAGCCGUGGAGAGCGGCCACCAGAAGGGCAAGCGGAGCAAGUCUCCAGAUAGCACACUGCGGUCUCCCUCGUCGCCCAUCCACGAGGAGGACGAAGAGAAGCUCUCCGAGGACUUGGACUCGCAGCCGGUGCUGAGCGGGGGUGAGCUGGUCCUGAGGGAGACCAGCUCUCCGGAGAGCACGGCCGGGGAAGAGAUGGAGGAGGCCUCGUCCCUGCAGCACGGCAGCCGUCCUCCCUCCGUCGAAGACGUCCUGCAGGACGGCAGCUGCAGCGAACACAGGAGCUUGACACAGUCGGAGAGCGACCCACCGGUAGACGUCUACCUGCCAGCACUGGGUCCUGAUUCCUGCUCUAUUGGUAUAGAGGAGUAAGCUGGCUCCUCCGCCUUCGAGACGCUCCCCGGCCUGGGCCCCGGCCGCCCCACGCAGCCCCUCCUCUUCGAGCAGACGCGGCUCCACCUCGAGGACGAGCAGAGCCUCUCGUGAGCCGCGCGG